UUGGGAAAAAGGUCACGUAGCCAGCGUUAAAGCGAAAAUCAGAGGCCGUGAUCGGUCGAGUCAACAUAAUCAAAGCCGCGCCGAGCGGACAGGAAAAGCAACUACUUAUGUAAAUACAUAAUACAUACAUGUGAAUGUACAUAAGAGGCCUAAAAUCAAGUGACAAGCAUAAAUAAUAUAGAGAACAAGUAGCGGAAGCCGUGUAUAAAUAAGCAGAGUCUUUGGGUAAUUCCACACAUUUAUCAACCAGAAGUAAAGAUGAUUAAAGCUGGUGCUGUCCUUUUUCUGUUAGCAUUCACACUGCUGGCCACUGCUGAUGCACUGCAGCAAAGGUUUGUGCCACGUCGAGGACUGGCACGUCAAGUGCAAGCCGAGCCACCAAAUCCUUCACCCACGGGUUAUCCGGAGGCAGGAAUUACACCAGAAGUCCCAUUUGAACUGCCCAGCUCAACAGCUCAGCCAGAAGUAAGUUAUUUGCCACCGGAUAACACAUAUGGACCACCACUAUCCGGUGACGCUGAAGUACCACAGCCAGAAACAGACGACAUUCCUGCCACAGAAGAGGAGGAUUUGCCACCUAGUGAUGCAAAGCUAGUGCCUUCACCGGAUGAGGAGGAUGUACUUGUACAAGUGUCCGAUGAUGGCAGCGUCAUUGCCGUCUCUACGACGCUCGAUCAACCAGAAUCUGGCAAAUCAGCCAGAAUCUAUCAACGCUUCCCACAAGGACGACGCCGCCAACAGCCUGUACCUCAGCGCCUGGUGUUACACCGAAAUUGGUAG